CGAGCAACGCGCGCGAAGUCUAAAGGCCACCGCAGAGAAGGCGCAAAAAGAGGCCGAGGAGCUGAAGCAGAAGCUCGCCCAUGAAGAGAAUGCCAGGCAAGAGGCCGAGACGGCACUGCACAAUCUGCAGGCCGCAGCCAGCAGCUCGACGUCCGAGACGCAGGCGCUUGAAUCGCGCAUCAAGACACUCGAGGCCCACAACCGCGACGCCAUUGCCAUGCACGAGGCCAAGACGGCUGCACACGACCGCCUCGCAAAGGAGCUGUCGGAGCUGCAUGAGAAGUGGCUGGAGCUGCGCAAGCAGGCGUCUGCACUUGAACAAAAGAACCAGUCGCUCGAGAGUGAUGCUACCAAUGUCAAGUUCCGCGAGGCCAACUUGCAGCAGGAGAUUGAGCAGCUGCGCAGCAACAAUGACUGGUACACCACCGAGCUCAAGACGCGCUCCGACGACCACAGCAAGUACCGCAAGGAGAAGAAUGCCCAGAUUGCGCAAUUGCAGCGCGACAUUGCCGAAGCCUCGGAGACCAUUGAUACCCUACGCCGCGCCGAAACGCUUCUACGACAGCACAUUGACGAACUCAAGAACAAGGCCGAGGAGGACCGUCUGCGCAUCGAGGAACUCGAGAAUGCUGCAUCGGCAGCCGAGGCAAACUUCCGCAUUGAGCUCGAUGGCGCCCGACGACUGGCGUCACUGCACCAGCAGAACAACGAGAUGACAAAGAAACGUCUGGAGCAGCUACAGGCCGACAGCGAGCGCAUACAGGAGGACGCUGCUACCGAGAUUGGCCAGCUGCAGGCCGAUGUUGAGCUGGAGCGCAACAGGGCUGCCGAAGCCGAAGCGCGUACUGCUGAACUGGAGACGCUGGUCGAGACACUCAAGAGCGACAACUCUGACCUCCGAAGCUCGGUACGUGUCCCGGCAACACCGCGCCAUGGCAUGAGCAUGAAUGGUGGCUUCAGCACUCCGGGCAGGGCAGCGUCGCCCGCUGUUUUCUCGCCUGGCGGCUCGCAGCUCAAGGCAGAUGCAUCCAAGACGCAGUUGCUUAUUGAAAACAACGAUCUCAAAAAGGAACUCCGCAAAGUCCGGGAGAAGCAUGAAGAGCAGACCAGCAUUCUCAACGACAUGCUUCAGGAGCUUGAACGCCGCCAGCCUGAAUUCGAUGAGCUUCGUCGCCAAAACGAUGCGCUUGUCGAGCAGAACAAUGAUAUUUCAAAUCUGCUCGAAGAAGCCAUUGCUGAGCGUGAGGCAGCCCAGCGAGACUCGC